UGAAGAGAGAGACAGAGAUAGAGAGAGAGAGGAGAGGAUGAAGCUCUUGGCAAUGCGGCAGAGCCAUGCCGACAGCCAGAGCAGCGCCCCCCUCCGAGGAGGACUAUCUCCGCUCGACUCCUCCAAGUCGUCGGCGACGGUCUUCUGGCUGGCGGUCCACGCCGUGUGCUGCCUCGGCAGCCUCGUGCUCGGGUUCCGUUUCUCUCGGCUGCUCAUCUUCCUCUUCUUUUCCAACUCGCCAAUGUUUCGUGCCACUACCAAAAUAACCGCCGACGAUCCUAUUGUCCUUCUCUUGAACCCGAGCCAAGCCCCGUUCAAUGAGUCGACGCCACCCAUGGCGGUGGGCCGGCACGGGAUCCAGGUCCGGCCGUGGCCCCACCCGGACCCCGUCGAGGUCAUGAAGGCGCACCAGAUCAUAGAGAGAGUGCAGAGAGAACAGAGGGCUCAGUCCAGCGCCAAAAAUCCUGACCCGAGGUCUUUGAUUGUGAUCACGCCGACCUACGUACGGGCAUUCCAGGCGAUGCAUCUGACAGCACUGAUGCACUCCCUGAUGCUUGUGCCCUACAAGGUAGUUUGGAUCGUGGUGGAAGCCGGCGGGGUGAGCAGUGAGACGGCAUCGCUGAUCGGGAGGCCGGGUUUGAGGACUAUCCAUGUGGGGUUCGAGCAGGAGAUGCCUGAAGCCUGGGAGGAUCGGCACAGUUUGGAGGCGAAGAUGAGAGUUCAUGCAUUGAGAAUCGUGAGAGAGAAGAAUCUGGAUGGCAUUGUGAUGUUCGCCGAUGACAGUAACAUUCACAGCAUGGAGCUCUUUGACGAGAUCCAGGCUGUGAAGUGGAUCGGUGCUGUUUCUCUAGGAAUUCUUCCGCAUUCAACUGUGGAUGAUUCGGACCAAGCCGUUUCGAAAAUCAUGAAUGAAAGCAAUUCGCUAAUUGCUGUCCAAGGUCCGGUUUGCGAUUCAGCCAAUCAGUUCAUUGGCUGGCGCACCGAUAAUAGGUCACCUAACAUGCACAGGGGAGCGACUCAUGUUGAUGGUCAGGGCUCGCUUUUGCCGGGAAAGCUAGAAUGGGCCGGUUUUGCGCUAAACUCUAGGAUGCUGUGGAAGGAUGCUGAAGAUAAGCCGGAAUGGGUGAGGGACUUGGACUUACUCAAUUGGGAUGAUGAUGUUGAUAGUCCUCUGUCUUUGCUCAAAGACCUUUCGGUGCUGGAGCCACUAGGAAACUGCAGCCACCGGCUUAUGGUUUGGCGGCUUCAUGUCGAAGCCCAUCCUGGUAGCGAAUUCCCUAAGGGAUGGCUCAUAGACCCUCCCUUGGGGAUCACGUUACCCUCAAAGCGCACUCCAUGGCCUGAUGAUCCUCCAGAACUCCCAUUUAUGGAAAAUGCAAACAGCGAUGAAGAGGAGAUCGACCAGCACCCAACUGAAAAUCAAAGGCACAAACGAAGUUUCAGGAUUAAGAGAAGGCACCAGACCGAAACAGUCGAACCCCAACUGCUCAGAAGGGAACCUGUAGAAAUCUGACAGCUUAUCUUAAGAACAAGAAAAGAUGCCUGGCCUCGGAAUUCGACAGGCUUUGGCUUCAAGGUAUUUAAAUAUUGCCUUGCCCGGGCAAACUUCGAAGUUAGCCACUUUGGUCGAUCUGGAUCGCAUGGACAUCAGAUCAAACUCUAUUGCAUUGGUUUUUAUGCUUGUUGGGGGUCGUGAAAUCUUAGGAAUCACAGUUAUCUUUUUGUUUACACUUCCUUAUUGCUCGCAUAAUCUUAUACAUGUAAGUGUUUUAGGAGAAAUUUAAACACAAGACAGUCGGACAUACGAAAAGUACAUCUUCAGCUUCUUCA